AUGGAGGGGACUUUGUUACAGGCGGAGGGCCAGAAGCCCCAAAAGCGGGUCAGGUUCCGAGUGGCCUCAGGAAGCAGCGGCCGGGUGCUAAAGGAGAUGUUUAAGGACGAUGGUCCAUCUGAUUCUUUGGAUUCAGACUGCACCAGUAGCUCAGAGGUGGACCGGGCCAGCACACCAUCCACCAGUGGAGAGUCCAAUGGCCAUAUCGGGGUUUAUUUGGGUUCUGAGCUGGACGACAGUGAGAGUGAGCCAGAUGACCUGCUUUUGUAUGCGGGAGCCAAGGACAGGGACCGAGUAUUCAGCACUAAACGGGUCAACAUCCUUAGCAAGAAUGGGACGGUGCGGGGAGUUAAGCACAAAGUCAGCGCAGGCCAAAUUGUCUUCGAAAACUUGACUAAAGUCACUGUGUCUGAGCUGAAACUGGAGUUUGGGAGGAUUGUGAUCUACACCACCAGUUUCCGGGUGGUCAGGACCACAUUUGAGCGCUGUGAGCUGGUGCGCAAGAUCUUUCAAAACCACAGGGUGAAAUUCAUGGAGAAGAACAUUGCUCUGGAUAGUCAGUAUGGUAAAGAGCUGGAGACCCGCUGCAAGAGGGUAGGAGAGCCCCCAUCACUACCUGUGGUCUUCAUUGAUGGACACUACCUGGGGGGUGCAGAGAAAAUACUGAGUAUGAAUGAAUCAGGGGAGCUCCAGGAUCUCCUAACCAAGAUUGAGAGGGUUCAGCAUCCCCAUGCAUGCCAGAUGUGUGGCGGCUUUGCCUUCAUGCCCUGCUCUAUGUGCCAUGGCAGCAAGAUGUCCGUCUUCAGGAAUUGCUUCACAGAUUCAUUUAAAGCCCUAAAGUGCACUGCGUGCAACGAGAACGGCCUCCAACCAUGUCCUAGCUGCUCCCACUGAGGUCCUCUACAUGUGCCUGCCUACUUUCUGCUUUUAUUCCACUCCUUAUGGUAUCUCAUUUGCCAUUUAAACAACUGAACCAGAUAAAUACUG